AUGGAUUCACAAAGCCCACAGCCAGAAUUUCGAUACAAUAAUGGUAGAAGAUAUCAUAACGCAGAAAAUGCUGUAUACCAUUUACCGAACGAUGAUUAUGAAACAGAUAGGCUACAUAUACAACAUUUCUUAGUAAGAUACAUGUGGCAGAGCAAUUUUUCUUCUCCUAUCGAACAUAUUUUGUCUAAACCAGGUGCCAAAGUCUUAGAUGUUGGGUAUCCAUUGACUAAGGUUAUUGGAAUAGAUAUAUCUCCGCACCAACCAACUCAGAUAAAACCCAAUAACUUUGAGUUCAUUAAAGCAAAUGUUCAUGAAAGAUUACCAUUCGAUGAUAACUCUUUUGAUUUCGUAUUUCAACGGCUUUUGAUUCUCGGACACACUAAAGAGAAGUGGCCAAAAGUAAUUAAUGAGCUUGUCAGAGUUUUAAAACCAGGUGGUUUCUUAGAAUUAUGUGAAACUUCCCUUCCAUUUGAUGAAGGGCCAGCUACUCAACGUAUAUGGAAGGCCGAAUCUGAAAUAUUAAUGGAACAAGGCAAUGAUUUGAAUGUAUACCAAAAAUUAGAUCAAUAUUUACAAAAUCAAGGUCAAUUUGAAAAUAUUAAAAAAGAAGUGAAAAAAACCUAUUUUGGUGUAAAGCACAACAAUAUUGAAUUUAGUAAAGCGUUUACCAAUAACAUGAUUUCUAUAAUAAAUUCUCUUAAACCUGUUUUAACAAAAAAAUUACGAAUUUCUGGUGAAGAAUAUGAUGAGUUGGCCAAAACAUCAGAAAAAGAAUUAGUCGAACUUGAUACUUACAUUUAUUGGGUUCGUGCCUAUGCGAGCAAG